UUUUAACUUGCUUAUUAAACGUGUGUAAUUCAUCCCCUAUCUAUAACAUGCAGCCAGCAUUUAUAACGAAUAACGUAGGAGCCACGACAGGCAGAAAUAUAAGAAACUUGCCAUGCAUAUCUAGGAGAAAUAGCAACCAAAGCGGUUUCUGCAUGUUCGCCAUAGACUGCCUGAAAGCGAAUGGAACCCAUUUGGGUACUUGUAUAGACGGUUUUUAUUUCGGUUCCUGUUGCUACAUCGAACCCGUACAUAAUAUAGUCGAUAACGCUAUAGACACGGAUAUAAUUCCGCAUAGGGAACCGCCGUUUAGGAUAUCAAGCACCACAAAGAAAACCACGAUAGUACCGCUGAACGAAUCUACGACUAUUUCGUUCGAAAAUACCACGACUAGUACUCCAACGGUUGGUACUACAACGGGUAAAACACCUGCGACAACGCUCUCUCAAAAAUUAUCCACAUUCCAAAUGAUAGAUGGAAAUACGCUAGAAGAAGUUAGCACCAAAGCAUCAUUAAACAUUACUACAACUUCAACUACUACAAUUAAAUCAACGACUCCCCAAAUCUCCACGCAAAAUAUAACUAUAAGUACUACAGAAAAAUCUAGCAGUAGUAUAUCGACUACUUCAGCAACUACUACAAAAGUACCGACGAAAAUCACAUCGAAACCGACCAGCGCUGUCUCUAAAUUAACCACGACUUCGAAGAGGCCGGAAAUAAGUUCCACAAAAACUCGAACGACAUCGAAACCUACCAAAAAGACGAGUUCCUCGACGAAGCCGACCAAAAGAACCACCACUUCCAAGGUUACUACAGCCAAGCCUUCGAGUACCAGCCAGAAAACUAAAGUAACGAGUACUACUACAGAAAAAACUAAGCCAUCGCCUUCAGCUAGCGCUAAACCUGCAAUUAUAACUACAACGAAUCUCAAUAAUAUCACUUUAACUACAACUCAAAUAGUUGUUAGUAACAAAAACUCGACAACUAGUACUACUUCUUCCAAACCCGACUUAGGGAAUUAUAAUACAACGACUGAAGAUUGGGUUCCGAUAAUUUUGCUCAAUCAAACAUUAGUGGAAAACUCGACGCAACUUCCACAAAAUCAAACUGCUCAAACUACUGCCAUCACUGAAUCAUCUUCUAUACAAAUCAACACUACUUUUAGUCCACUAACGACUGCAAGUACAAUUACAAGUACGCUUAGUACAAUUUCGCCGUACGAAAUAACGAAUGCAACCACAGAAUCUACGACUGUCAGCCAAACUCCACAGACUGAUUCAAACAUCUUCGACAGACCUGUAAAUAUGAGCGAUUAUACAGACGUGUGCGGAAGGAGAAUGUUUCCGGAGGCUAGGAUAGUCGGUGGGGAAAAGUCUUCCUUCGGAAAAUGGCCUUGGCAGUUGUCCCUUAGACAAUGGAGGACCUCCACUUAUCUCCACAAGUGCGGGGCGGCUUUGCUCAACGAAAAUUGGGCCAUCACCGCCGCCCAUUGCGUCGAUAACGUUCCGCCGAGCGAUUUGCUGCUGCGCUUGGGCGAGUACGACCUCUCCACCGAAUCGGAGCCGUACCUCCACCAGGAGCGGCGCGUCCAAAUCGUCGCCUCGCACCCCCAAUUCGACCCGCGCACCUUCGAGUACGACCUGGCGCUGUUGCGCUUCUACGAGCCGGUCAACUUCCAGCCGAACAUCGUGCCGGUGUGCGUGCCGCAGACCGACGAGAACUUCGUCAGCCGGACGGCGUUCGUGACCGGCUGGGGCCGGCUCUACGAGGACGGGCCGCUGCCCAGCAUCCUGCAGGAGGUGUCCGUGCCGGUGAUCAACAACACGGUGUGCGAGUCCAUGUACAGGUCCGCCGGGUACAUCGAGCACAUACCGCAUAUAUUCAUAUGCGCCGGCUGGAGACGGGGCGGAUUCGAUUCCUGCGAGGGGGACUCCGGCGGGCCGAUGGUCAUCCAGAGGCCGGAUAAGAGGUUCCUGCUGGCCGGUAUUAUAUCUUGGGGUAUCGGUUGCGCUGAACCUAAUCAGCCCGGUGUUUAUACGAGGAUAAGCGAAUUUAGAGAUUGGAUCAAUCAAAUAUUGCAAUUCUAAUUCAUUGUUUCGUCGUUAUUGCGUAUCUUCUUUUUUUUUUAUCUACGAUUUCUACCCAGUGAGAAAACUAGUCGAUUGAUGUCUGAUUUGGUAAUCGUUUGCAAACAAAAUUUUUAAUCAAAUUUAAAAGUUUUCUAUCUGUGUGUACUGAAUACUUAUUGUAUGCACGUUAUUUAUCCUAAAGUACAGUUGGUUGUAAAGUCACCAGGAUUUUAGUGCUUUUAGAUAAAUGGCGCAAAUUUUGCAUAAAAACUGCAUUUUCUUUAAAAAAAUGCCAGAUCUCUUUACAUUCAAUUAAACAAU